GCCAGAGGCAUGCGGCUACCCCGCUUCUCCAGCACUGUAGUGCUUUCGCUCCUGAUAGUGCAGACCGGCAUCCUGGUCUUCCUGGUCUCCCGGCAAAUGCCAUCGUCCCCAGCAGGCCGUGGGGAGCAUGUGCAUGUGCUGGUGCUGUCCUCCUGGCGCUCCGGCUCGUCUUUCGUGGGCCAGCUCUUCAGCCAACACCCGGAUGUCUUCUACCUGAUGGAGCCAGCUUGGCACGUGUGGGAUGCGUUGUCGCAGGCCAGUGCCCCCGCGCUCCACAUGGCCGUGCGCGACCUGAUCCGUUCGGUGUUCCUCUGCGACAUGGACGUGUUCGAUGCCUACCUGCCCUGGCGCCGCAAUAUCUCGGAUCUUUUCCAGUGGGCAGUGAGCCGCGCGUUGUGCUCGCCUCCGGUCUGCGACGCCUUCGCUCGGGGCAACAUUAGCAGCGAGGAGGUGUGUAAGCCUCUGUGUGCAACGCGGCCCUUCGGCCUGGCUCAGGAAGCCUGCAGCUCCUACAGCCACGUAGUGCUCAAGGAGGUGCGCUUCUUCAACCUGCAGGUGCUCUACCCGCUGCUCAGCGACCCUGCGCUCAACCUGCGCAUCGUGCACCUAGUACGCGACCCGCGGGCCGUGCUACGUUCCCGAGAGCAGACAGCCAAGGCGCUGGCACGGGACAAUGGCAUCGUCCUGGGUACCAACGGCACGUGGGUGGAGGCGGACCCCCGGCUGCGCGUGGUCAGCGAGGUGUGCCGCAGCCAUGUGCGCAUCGCAGAGGUAGCAUUGCACAAGCCGCCGCCCUUCUUGCAAGAUCGCUACCGCCUGGUGCGCUAUGAAGACCUGGCCCGAGACCCGCUCACCGUAAUCCGUGAACUCUAUGCCUUCACUGGCCUGGGUCUCACGCCGCAGCUCCAGACUUGGAUUUACAACAUCACCCAUGGCUCGGGGCCAGGCGCACGCCGUGAGGCCUUCAAGACCACAUCCAGGGAUGCGCUCAGUGUAUCCCAGGCCUGGCGCCACACAUUGCCCUUUGCCAAGAUUCGCCGGGUCCAGGAGCUGUGCGCGGGUGCACUGCAGCUGCUCGGUUACCGGCCUGUGCACUCGGAGCUUGAGCAACGGGACCUCUCUCUGGACCUCCUGCUGCCACGAGGCAUGGACAGUUUCAAGUGGGCGUCGUCCACGGAUAAGCAACCGGAAUCUUAGAAUUUUAGCGGAGAGAGCCAGCUCUGACAUUAGGGUCUAUUGGAGUAUGAUAAAGGGCUUGGAGAACUCAAAAGCAAGUGACCGGAAGUGGGAGUGGUCUUGCCCUGUAUCAGGAAAGGAUGGAGUCCAAAUCCCACAUUUCUUUUUGUCCAGAUUAUAGUUUUCCUUUGGGUUGGUCCUUUAGGAUUUGGAUUCCCAUCAAGUACUGUCGAUGGAAAGUGAAAGCUGUCCACUUCCUGAGGUCACAGAGGCAGCCAGACACCUACUGAAGCACUUCCUUUCUCUUUGACUUUCUCCCCUCUUUGGUCAUACCAGGUCUGGUGAGGAGUGGAGGAAGGGCGCUGCUAUGGGGUGGCUCCUAAAAUUUGUGCACCUGCCCCUCAUUGGCUCGCCCUGAACUCUGCCCAUCUCUGUGCCCUAGCCUCCCAAUCCAUGAAAGACUUGGACAGUUAUGUGCACGGUCAAGGAGGAAUCGGAGAGGAUGCCUCUGUAGUUUCCCCUUAGAUUCUCUACCUGACCUUCUAGGAGGGAGACUUGGCGUAUACCCCAUGCCUGAGGACGACGGCUUUUUAAUGAACCUUUGGUUUGUCCUGAGAUGAAAGAUCCUAAUUAUGGAAAUAAACAUCAUAAAUACGCUGCGUGAUCCAGAUUAGAGCCUA